AUGUCCCGAUGGUGGGGUGUGGGGUCCGGGGUCCAGGCCCUGCCGGCCCCGGCCUUUCAUCAGAGUCAGGGCGAAUGCUUCCUCCUGGAAGCUAAGCUGCCCAGCAGCCCCCGCCGGAGCUUUCCGGCCUCUGCAGCGUCCUCGCGAGGGACACCCACCAGGCACGCUCCAGGGCGCAGGCCGCCGGGACAGAGAGGAACCCCCGCCCUUUCCGACCCUUCGCCUUUGAAUGGAGCCUCUCAAGCGGUCCACACCACGCACCCGGACCCUGCCACGGCGAGCUCGGGCCCGGAGCAAGCGGCCCGGAGAAACGGUCCGGCGGACCGUUGGCCCAUUGGCUGGGCCGAGGGCGUGGGGCGGGGAACGGUCGGCUCGGGCCGGGGCAACAUGGCGGCGGCGGUGGCGGAGCCGGGGACCAGCCCGCUUCGCGUGGGCUUUGUAGGCGCCGGACGUAUGGCGGAGGCCAUCGCGCAGGGCUUCAUCCGAGCAGGGAAAGUGGAAGCUCGGCACAUACUGGCCAGCGCGCCAACCGACAGGAACCUCUGCCACUUCCAGGCUCUGGGCUGCCAGACCACCCACUCCAACCGGGAGGUCCUGCAGAACUGCCUACUGGUGUUCUUUGCUACCAAGCCCCACGUCCUGCCCACUGUCCUGGCAGAGGUGGCCCCUGUGGUGACGUCUGAGCACAUCUUGGUGUCUGUGGCUGCCGGGGUCUCUCUGAGCACCUUGGAAGAGCUGCUGCCCCCGACGGCACGGGUGUUGCGGGUCUCACCCAACCUGCCUUGCGUGGUUCAAGAAGGGGCCAUGGUGAUGGCCAGGGGCCGCCACGCCGGAAGCAGUGAGGCCAAGCUCCUGCAGGCCCUGCUGGAGGCCUGCGGGCAGUGCGAGGAGGUGCCUGAGGCCCACGUGGACAUCCACACUGGCCUCAGUGGCAGCGGUGUCGCCUACGUGUGUGCCUUCUCAGAGGCCCUGGCCGAGGGUGCCAUCAAGAUGGGCAUGCCGGGCAGCCUGGCCCACCGCAUCGCUGCUCAGACCCUGCUGGGGACAGCCAAGAUGUUGCAGCAGAACGGGCAGCACCCAGCUCAGCUGCGGACAGACGUGUGCACGCCAGGCGGCACCACCAUCUACGGGCUCCACGCCCUGGAGCGGGGUGGGCUGCGGGCUGCCGCCAUGAGCGCCGUGGAGGCUGCCACCUGUCGGGCCAGGGAGCUCAGCGGGAAGCAGGGAACAGCUCCUGGCAGGUGGCAGGCACAGCUGACCCUGACAACCGAUCCCUGGGUCAUCCUCAAGGGUCUCCUGGCCUGGCCUCUGACUGAAGGACGUGACUCUUCGGCAUAUCCCCACAUGGAGCAACCAGCUGGGAAUGCCAGGAACUUGGGUCCCAAACCAAGGCCCUGGGGCCUUUGGGUGGACGGUGGGCUGCCUGCCGCUGUCCCCCCACACUACCCCCGUGGCUCUUGGAGCUCCCCCACCCCACCAAGGCCCUGGAGUGCUGGAACUGCCCUCGCUCCUGCCUGCCGGCCUGCCGAUGCCCGGCCCCCACGAGGUGGGGUUUGCAGCCAGUCCGUCCGUCGGGUGGUGGCUGGUGACACCCUGCAGCAGUGCUCCCCUGCUCCUGCCCUCCAUCCCCAGCCUGGCCUCCCGCGCACGUCCCCAGGCGCUUCUGCACCUGACCGACCUGGGAGGCGGGAAUAAAGGCGCUGUCCGAUCACA